AAGUACAUGCGUAUUGUGGAAGGUUAUGUUGAGGCUUGUAGGUUUAAAUUUACUAUUUACAAGCUCCUCGGUGGUUUUUUUCUCUCAUCCGGUACCGUCUUUCAUAUAUUUACACCUUUUGCAAGUCUGUAAAUUGGUGUUUGUAAAAUGACUCUAUGACCUUGUGUUCAAGUCAUUUGAUCCAUGAUUUCUGGUCGUGAUCAAAUCAAAGAUCACAUUAACAAACUGUUACGCAUAGCAACAAUAGGUGGCCUGGGUCGAGCAAAGUUUAAAGCGGUUUCUUCAAAACCACUUUACAAUGGCGUCGUAAACAAGAGUGGUUACAGCCGUAGAAGGACUAAAAGUUUUUGGUUGCGCUCACAUUUUGCAAGAGGCGUCAUGGAAGAAUUCAGACUCAAAGUAAUACAAAAUUGCAAAGAAUACGGGUUGGCGCCUUCACAAGUCCUCCUCAACGAGAUAAGAGCAAAUAAAAAGAAUGAUGAAGAUUCUGGCCUAAACUUAGACUUCUCAGGCUGUAACCUCACCGUACAGGAUUGUGCGGUGCUUGCGAGAAGCCUCGCAAAUGAUAGAAACAUAACAGAGAUACGUUUUUCAGAUUGUCUUCUCACCGAAGAGGCAUGUAAGCUUCUUUUGACAGCAUUUACGUCAAACAGAGGGGUUCAGAAAUUGGAUUUUAAGGGAAAUAACAUUCGAUCAUCUGCAGGAUUAAUUGGUCGGAUUCUGAAAGUGACAACUAAAUUGACUCACCUAAAUCUGGAAUGGAACGGGAUCGGCCUGUGGGAAUCGACAGUCACAGCAAUAGCAGAAGGCAUCCAAAUGAAUCAAACUUUGCGGUAUCUUGAUCUUAGGAAUAACCAGAUUUCACAUGAAGGAGGGACUUUCAUAGCAAAUGCUUUAAAGGCAAAUCAUAUACUAAAAGUUCUUGACCUGAGAUGGAAUAACAUUGGAAUGCUUGGAGCGAAGUCUUUUUUGAGCAUGUUGAAGCAGAAUAAAGAAAUUGUUAAGUUAGAAGUUUCAGGCAAUAACAUUCCAAGUGAGAUGCUGAAAGCAAUAGAAACAUCCUUACAAAGAAACACAGAGCUGCAGGCAUCUUGUAAAGAACAGCAAGCUUUGGCUGCCUCCUAUAAACAAAGAUUAGAAAAUGUGGAAUCAGAAAAGAACACUCAGAUUUCCAGUCUUGUUGACAAACUUGCAGUCGAAAAAGAGGCUUAUAGAACGUCUGUUAAAUCUGCACAAGAAAAAGUUGAACAACUUAAAAAUGCACUUGAAGAAAGAAAAUCUGCAUUUGCUGCAGUACAAGAAAGGUUUUCUGCAGCAGAAGCUUCAUUGCAUGUUGCAGAACAGGCAAACAGAAGGCAUGAGGAGUAUAUUGAUGACCUUAAGCAAGACCACAAAAGGAGAGAGAAGGAGCUGGAAUUUACAAUCCAACAGCUCAAAGAACAGUUAAAUAAGACAGAGAAGAUACAUGCUGAUAUGAUGGGAGUGAAAAUACAGACAAUAACUGCAUUGGAGAAAAAUAAGAAAGAAUUGGAGGACCAGAUAUCAAGAGCAGAAGAGGAAAAUGAACAAUUAAGAAAAGAAAUGAAAGCACGUGAUUUCAGAAACCAAAAACUAUUCACUGAGGCUGAGAAAAGGUAUACAGACGACAUUGAAAGUCUACAAACUGAGCAAAGUAUGCGCAAACAGGCUGAUCUUCAAAAGCAACAAAAGCUGGAACAAGCAAAUGUUCGUUUAGAGGAAGAGAUUUCGUUGUUGAAAUCAAAGGUUCUCUCAGAACGAAUAAAAUUUGAAGAGGACAUGAUGAACUUGAGAAUGACGAUGAAGCAAGAGGAAAUGAACCGCAGCAAGCAGUUUGAGGAGAGAAUUGAGUUGUUGCAAUCAUCAAGAAAUGAGGUCCAAAUCAAAGUGACAAAGCAAAACGCUGAAAUAUCUGACUUGCAAAACAGAAUUAAUUUAGGGGAGGGGGAACGUGAUUCUCUAAAGCGUCAGUGCGAGUACAUGAAACAACAAAUAAACAGUAAAGAUGCAGAAUUGAGAACUGAAGCUGAUAAGGCAAGAACGGAAAUUGAAAGCGUACAGAAAACAAACAUGCAACUAAAAGCAAAGCUCGCAGAACUAGAAAUGAGAAUAAGCGAGCAGGAAAAAAAGACAAAAGAUAGUUUGAACAACAAAGAUGUUGAGAUCUCAUACUUGAAGAACCAACUUGCAGUUAAAGACGAAGAGAUAUUUCGAAUUAGAAAUGAUGAAGUUAAACGCACUGAAAUGCUUGAAAGUGCACUCCAGUCGUACUUGGCUAGCGCCAGAAAGGCACGCUAAAUUCCAAGGUGUUUUUAACCUGCGUAGAAAAAAAAUAAAUUCAAAUGGACGAUGACUGCAGUAACGACUGCAAUGUAGACAGGGGCUUUAAAAAUCUUUUUUAAUAAUUUAUGAUAAAUUUUAUCGCUAUGCUACUGGGCAGACGUGGAAACCCUUUUUUGAGUGGAAGAGCAACGGAUAUAGCAUGUACUUUGUCCCCUAAGUCGCCUUCUUGGAAUAUAAAGUCAAUAAUUGUAAAUACAGUUUGCUAUAAUUCAGGAUUCGCUUGUCAUUAAUUCUGGUAUCUGAUUUACUAGAUUUUUUGGCUGGAAGGCUGAUGGUAGCAACGUCAAUGAAGAUUUCCGAUUGAAGUCCAUAAGAAGGUUAACAUGCAAUAACAAAAAUUUACGCAUACUCAGAUGGAAAAAAAGUAAAAAUUUUCUUACCAAAGCUGCUCUCUCUGCUACAAACUGGAAACGUUCUUUUCGGGUUCUGGACAGGAACUAUGUUAUGGGUGCAAAUCUUGGAUAGAUUUAGGAUGCAGGGAGGAUGGGAUCGCAGUUGUAAAGGGUAGUGGUUUUAUCUGCAUGGGUAUAGUGACGGAGCUAUUAGUGGACAGAUAGACAGAGGAAAGGGUCGUUGGAAGCAGUUUGUGGGCGGAGACGUUCAUUAAAAUAAGCCACUUUCAUAACAGCUUACGUUUGAGGGGUUCUUUUUAAAUGAAAUAGUCGAGAAUGGGGGUAGAAAACUAAUUUUUGCUGAGACCAGAAGCAUAAAAAUCAAAGCAAGAAUAAUUCUUGUAAUCAAAACGACAACAAAAUACAAAUACAAAUACAUUACAUUACAUUACAUUACAUUACAUUACAUUACAUUACAUUACAUUACAUUACAUUACAUUACAUUACAAACCCGUACUUGGAGUAGGUAUCACGUUUUUCAGUUCAUAGCAAUGUCACAUUUAGAUUUACCAAGAAUAGAUGUUUGACAUCUGAUUGUCUUUGGGAAGCGGGAAUUGCAUCAAAAAGACGAUUGAGGUAUGAAUUUAAUUUUAAUUUUCUGAUUAUAAGGUAAACACUUUUCCAAAGCACGCAUUUUGAUAAGAAGCUGUUUUCAAAGAGCUCUACUAAGGACCUAAAACUGAACAAUUAAACUUAUGAGCAAAGAUUUAAAAUCAAGAAUACUUUAUAAAAUAAAAUGAUAGGUAGAGUUUUUAUGUUUUAUCAAAUAGCCUACAAUCUUCGACGUAACUGUUGAGACAAAGCCCUAAACAUGUUUUGGGUAGUCCACAAGCAUAGUCCAUCAUCUACCCCUUCUCUCCCCAUUCAAAGUCGGUGCUUAUGAAGAAUCUAAUAUGGCAGAGAUUAACAUUGAACUGAAGUGUGGGGGGAGGGUCUCAAUGUCAUCUGUCCAGGAAGGUGAAUCUUCAGUACAAGCUCAUUUACAAUCUUUUAUUAGGCAAAGAAAAUAUUUAGAAAUGUUAACCAUUCAUUUAUCAAACUUUCACAAAACGUCCCUUUAGUGUCACUGGAAAUCAGUUUAUUAUAAAGAUGCGUGCAUCAAUUUGUCAUUCAUGCAAGUAAACCUUAUGAAAAAUAAGCUACAAAUUACAAUUGGAAAAUUUACAAUUUAAUAUUGUCAUUUGUACUGGAAAAAUCAAUGAAGUGUACAGGUCAGGCAAACGCAAACUUCGACCAACAGGCGAAUUUCAACCGUAGGACCCAUUUGAACGAUCAGGUACAAUUCGACCGGAUUAGACCAGUAGGCACAUUUCAACCAGUAGGUAUGUUUAAACGGACAGGUGCAUUCUAACCGUUUGGCACACUUUCAGUAGUGGACAAAUUUUGGACCACAAAAACAAAGUCUGUUUCUUGGGCCUAGUAUCAAUCGAAAGAUGGUCGCUUUUAGCAAUUUUGCAACUGAGUCCAUGAAAGCACAACUAAUCUUGAAGCAAAAGUAGAAAAUUGGUGCUUAGGCCGGUUCACGCUGGACAUAAAAUAUUUUUGAGCUCUACAUCAACAAAACCACGGAACAAUCUGCCAGAACAAUCUUCCAAAACUUUUGGACACUUAUCACAUUGCCAGAAAUACAAUUCUGCGGAGACAAAAUUACGUCUUAAUGAUCAACAUUUUUCAUGGCUUUGUUCCAUCCAGGAUGGUUCUGUCUUAUCCGAUUUGUACUCAACAGACAUGUACAAAAAUAAAUUUUGAGCUCAACCGUUUUCAAACGAACAUAAUUGCGGUUGACUAGUUGAAGAUUGUAGGUCAGUUAGCCGCAGGAGAUUGAAGCUUGGAAUCCAUCAAUUUAGCACCUAAAGGGGGACUAUACGUGAAGGUAACGUAUCUUCCUUACUAUUACAAGCCUUCGACCCGUGUCUAGUGUCCAAAAAUGAUGG